GAGCCAGGACUGGUGGCUGUAAACAAACUUUAUGGGACGUGGGGAACUUGGCCACACCCAUGAUCAGUGGCCAUCUGGCUAAUUAAAAUCAUGCCAGACCAGAGUGAGCUAGACUAGAGAAGUUCAGCCUGUACCCAGCUCAUAUAAAUUAGAGGAGCCUUACUGAAGUCAAUAGAGUUGAGUUAAUUUCUACGAGCUGAAGAUCCUGACCAGAGUAGUGUGGGGGUAAGCUGUGUUCUCUUGUUUAAAGUGGCAUAUUGUAAACUUGCACGUCACAGCAGCAAGCAAUCAAAAGAAAAAGAUAAGUGGCAAUUUUCUAAGUGAAAUGGCCAGAGGAGGAGUGGGGUGAAGGUGGAGGUGGGUCCAAGUUUUGCUGACAUCACCACCAGCUCCUAUAAUAAUGGACAGAGAUGUAUACUGAAGGUUGGGGCCAGGCCGGGAUGAAACCUUUCUGCUUCAUGCUCCUGCUUCUUUUCAUCAGCGCCCCGCUUGGGGAGCCUGCAGAUGGAUAUUUCCCCCGCUGGAGCCCUCGGCACACAGGUGAUCAUUUCAAAUACCUGGCCAGCCCGGCCCAUGGGGAUCGAACCAUUCCUUGCUUGGAAAGCAAGCCCAGCGCCGAGAAGGCAGACCCAAAAUCCACCUUGGCCCUGUUGUGCAAGCCUCAGCGGAGCCUGGUCCCGCCGGGGCAAGGCAUCCAUCCGGCCAAAAGCAGAGCCAUCCCUGUCCCCCAGGGCUCGCUGCUCAUGGAGCGGGAGAAGGAUCUCUCCGCCUACAACUGGAACUCGUUCGGCCUGAGAUACGGCAAGAGGCAAGCGGAGGCGGUGGAAGCCAAGGUGAAAAUAUUGUGAUGCCAAGAAGCAGCCGCAGCAGGACGGGAGGGGAAGGUGUGACUGAACUGCAGCAAGUGUAGCUUUACAAUGGAUUCUCUUUGUUUUCUGUCCCGAGGGUACAGGAGGAAGGCAUUGGAGGGGGGUCCCAAUGGGCGGGAGGGGGGAUAUGCAGCACAGCCACCAUUUUCUAGAGGGAUUGGGGUGGGGCGGUUCUGUUUGCAGGGAGAGUGUCAAUCUGAGAUACCUCAGGCCUGAUCUGCAGAGGGGGGCCAAGCACUCACAGUUCCCACUCACCUCAGUUUGAUUUGGGGGGUGCAGAGCAUCUAGGAAAAUAAAACCCCUAAUCAUUGCAGGUGUCCUGCACCUCUGUCUGCAAGAAGCUGGGAAUGGGCAACAGGGAGGGAUCACUGGAUGAUUCCCUGUUCGGUUCACUCCCUCUGGGCACUUGGUAUUGGCCACUGUCGGCAGGCAGGAUACCGGGGUAGAUGGACCUUUGGUCUGACCCAAUAUGGCCGUUCUUAUGAGCUUGGGCAUUUAAAAAAUGGAGGGUCUGCCAGUCAAUGCCAAAGGAACUAAUGGGAACAAGUGCUCUAAGACAACACCCAAUUGAACUCUGGAACUCACCGACACUGGGUGAGGCCAAAAAUCGAGUGAUAUUUAAAAAAGACUAUCCAGCGUUACAAUUCAGGCGAACCAUUUUGGAAGGGACGUUAAACAUCAUACGUAAGGGCUUAAGCCCAUCUCCUUUCAACUAUCCGAGACCUGGUGAGGGGAAGGGGCAGAUGACUCCUCAUCAGCCUGUGGCCAAGUUUCUGACACCUUUUGCUGCAGCAUCCGAGACAGCAUACAGAGCUAGAAGGACCCUGGCAGUCUGGCAAUCCCUGUGUUCCCACGAAUAGGGAUGUUAAGGACUAGUUGACUAUCGGAAAAGCAAAUGCUUAUUGGAUAGUCGACAGGAUAGUCAACUAGUCACUUCCCUCCCCCUUGCUGCCUCUGCCUCUGUCAGCUGGGGACUCCAGCUGAUCACCGGUUCCAUGCAGCACUGCCCCUUUGAAACACCACUGCAGCGUUUCAACGGGGUAGCACCACACCUUAUUUAAUAGACUUCUUUUUUUACCAUACCCCUCCCGUUUGUCUCUUUCCUAAGGAAACCCUAAUCUCAUAGGCCCCUUCUCCCAGCUGCAGCUGUAUAAUAUUCCUGCAACCACCAGAGCAAUUGUUCAUGCCCCUGCAAGGGUUGUUGGCAGUUAGGUUCAAACCUGAGACCUCCAGAUCUCAAAGCAUGAGACUCAACUGCCAGCGGAAAGCCAGUAGUAGACUCCUGAAUCUCUGUGCAGAGGGAGACUGGGAGCCACACAGCAUGGCUUAUAGGUGUUCCAUGUAUUUGUAGGAGCUUUGGGUACAAUUUAGCAGCUGGGCGCAAGGGGGUGAAGUGAGCACCAUGUGGCUAGCCAAUAGUGAUCCAGCAUGAAUACAAAAUGUUUGGCCAUUUCUGUCUGUUUCUCCCAAUAUCUGCAGGACCAUAGCCCGUAAAGCUCCUUGAAGUAGGGCCUGUAGGCUCCUCCCUCCCACCGUGUCCCGUGCACGUACAACACGUCAUAAAUAGUAGUCACAUAAAGCCUGCUCCCAGCCCCCAUGCAACGUGUGGAGCGGGCGCACUCAGAACUCCACAGGGCAUGGGGAACAUGGCUCCAAAUUUGCUGGGAAGUGAGCUCUCUGCUAAUCUAAUCUGUCAGCAUAGGGGGACGCAGGACAGAGAUUCCCUUCCCCCCACCCGGGCUGUUCCCAUAUGUGGGCUCUGAUUUUCAGAAGUGCUGAGCACAUACAACUCCAACUGAAGUCAAUGGGAACUGCAGGUUCUUUUGAAAAUCGGGCCCCACCUAGCUCCCAAGCCUCUGGCAUUGAAAUAUUUCAAUCUGGCACUCUUGGAUGAAACCUUUUGUGGCCCUUGGCACUGUUCGGUGUUCCGGCAAUUCUUGCAGGCCUGUUGUUGAACUGAUCCCUACAUUAUAGGACUUGCUUGCUUGGUCUCCCUGAGCAAUGCCAGAGGAGGCGCUGAGUAAGGAUUCUAGAAAAGGACCACUGUAAAUAAAUCCCCAGGAGGAACAACUGCACAGCUUGCUGAGCUUGUAGGAAGUGAGAAGGGGCAAAGGCUGUUUCAAAAGUCACCCCUGUGCAUUUGAGUUUUUCUGCUGACGCCUGUGAUUCUCUGACGUUGUUUAAUAA